AAAGACCCAAGAAAAAUUUAUAUUAGUGCACUGGAAAUAUAUAGAUCCAGAAGAUACACUUCGAACAAGUAUAGCAAAAUAUGAAGGAUGUAGUAUUGGUAAAAAGAAUGAUACCAAUUGUCUAAUUAGCAAGCCAAUAAGCAAGUGGCACCAAGUUGUCAGCAAAGCAACAAGAGAUGAAACAGGUAUAUUCACUUUAAAACUACCAUUCUCAGCCUAUAUAGAUAAAUAUAAGCUAUAUUUAAGAGAAGAACUCCCAAUCCAGAACAACAUCCAGAUAAAAAUACUGAGCUUAGAAGAAGCAAUAAUACAAAGAGUAAUCGAAGAUAAGAAUGUUCAAAAAGAUCUAAGAGAGAUAGUAGAAAAGUUAAAAGGGGAAAGGGUGCUAAAUAUUUAUACAGAUAGGUUACUAGCAAGUGAAGAAAUAGGAAAUAAUAGAGAAAAGAAAAUGGGAAUAGGCUGA